GGCGACGUUUGAUAUGCAGAUUACAUCGAUGUGCUUCGUUUGCGCUUUGCGUUUUAAACUUUUAGUCACGUGUUCUGAAAAGCAAUGGCAACGGUCGCCGGGGUCGGCGGGUGACUGGACGAACUUUCAAUGACUGCCAACGCCGAGAUGUCAGAGCGAAAAAAGGCGGAGAGGGUCAAAUACGCUCCUUUGGCGGGUGGUCAGCAGACCUUACGACGAAAAAAACCAUGUUGCCACUGGUUUGCGGCGAGGUACACUCUGAGCAUUUUCCUGUUCUGUGGAUUCUUCAUGCUCUACUCGCUGAGGGUGAACUUGAGCGUAGCCAUUGUUGCAAUGGUCAACGGAACUGCGGUCAUCGGAAACACGUCUUCCAGUCGAGACUGUCCAGCUUUGGACGGCUCUGUCUACAAUGUCACCACGGACCUCGAGAACCGGGGCGAGUUCAGCUGGGACGAGAACGUCCAAGGGAUGGUCUUGGGGUCCUUCUUCUAUGGUUACGUGCUGACCCAGAUCCCCGGCGGGCGGCUGGCGGAACUGCUCGGCGCCAAGUGGCUCCUCGGCGGCGGCAUCCUUGUCACCUCUGUCCUCACCCUGCUGACCCCUUCGGCCGCACGCUGGAGCCCCGCAGCGCUCAUGGCACUCCGCUUUCUCGAGGGCAUCUGCGAGGGUGUGGUAUUGCCAUCUGCAGCGGCCCUGCUGUCUCACUGGGUGCCCGUGCACGAACGGAGCCGCAUGCUAAGCUUCAACAUGAUCGGCACCUCCAUGGGCACCGUUGUGACGCUUCCACUGACUGCGCUUCUCUGCGGCAGCCAGCUGUUUGGCGGGUGGCCCAGUGUCUUUUACUUCUUCGGCACCUUGGGCGUCAUCUGGUUUCUGGCGUGGACGGCCUUUGUCUACGAGUGGCCGGAGAUGCAUCCUAGGGUGUCUCGGAAAGAGCUGCACUACAUCCAGCGCUUCAGGGGCAGUUCCUGCAACACGAAAGAGCCACGUCUUGUUCCAUGGAGGCGCCUGCUCUCGUCACGGAGUGUCUGGGCCCUGGGGGUUACCAUGUUUUGUGGCAACUGGGGCUUCUAUCUGCUGCUCAUCGACCUGCCCAACUACCUCCGCGGCAUCCUCCACUUCCCCAUCAGCAGCAAUGGCUACCAGAACGCAAUGGUCCACAUUGCGUCGGCCACGAGCAUGGUUGCGUGCGCACCCGUAGCCGACCUGCUGAGGAAGCACAAAGUGUUCAAGGUCACGACGAUUCGCAAGCUCUUCCAAACCAUAGGGCUUUUGGGUCCCGCCUUCUGCCUCGGCAUGGUUCCUUUCGUCGGCUGCAGCCACCUGCUGGCCAUGAGCUUCCUCGUGAUGGGGAUGACGCUGUACGGCUUCACAGUCGGGGGCCAGACCCCCGUAGCGCUCGACAUAGCGCCAGACUUUGCAGGGACAGUGAUGGGCAUCGUCAACUGCAUGGGCAACCUCUCUGGAAUGCUGGCUCCAUUGGUGACCGGCUUCUUCAUAGAACACGACGAAAGUCUUGUGCAGUGGAAGAAGUUGUUUCUGCUGUCCUCCGCCAUCUACACCUUCGGUGCGUUGAGCUUUCUGAUGUUCGGCUCGGCGAAGCUGGAAGACUGGGGCGCACUGCCCACCGAGAAGAGUAGCAUAGUGUCUUUUCGCCACCCGGACUCGGGCAGUUCGGACAACGAGGAAGAUUUCAGGACGGCAGCGGAAAUGCAUCUCAUGUGACACCGGCUGCGCUCGACGCAGAGGACGACAGACUUUCCGUGCGGGAAAUUUCGGGUUCCGUCGUAUUUAUCGAUUUGCUUUUGUCGGCGAUACUUCGGAUGUGAUAUACGUGGGGUAAGCUACAUUUUCUACUGGAAUUUGUGAGCUGUUGAUUUUGGUGUUGUGAUAUGCACUGGGGAUUGCAUGUUUUUCUUUUUUUUUUUUUUGUGCUGAAGUUUUUGGGUUUAGUUCCAUUGUCACAUCCUGGUUUAACACUCUUGUUGUGCGUCUCUAACAAUAUGCCUAGGAUUGGUUAUUGUUGGUGACAGAAUAGACUUUGAGGGUCACAAAGACUCUGCCUCUUUACAAACAGGUCCUGCAAUGCCGCUUUGCAGUGCCAAAUUUUUUUAAAGCAAUCACUUUUGCUUGUUGCCCAUGAAAAAUAGGUGGUUGGUUGUCAAGACUAAACAUUUAACAAAACUUUGUAUAGGAUGUCAAAUGUGAGCUUAGAUUAUUGUACAAGAUAUGCAGAAAGCUCACACUGAGCACACAAAGUAUCCAAGUUCGAGUGAUACGUAGUAUAAUCGAGACUGGGUGAAUUUUACACUUGGUCUUGAUUGUGUUGAUCGGGUUCAAUUUAUUUCACAACUUUCAUCUUGUUUCCUUUGCAAAAUAGCAGUAAGGUACCAGAUAGCCCUUGUUUGAGAUUCCAUGAUAUCGUAUGGAACUAACUUAAAACAAAAUCUUCAAGUUGGACGUUGUGCUAGCUGUCAGCCUUUUUCUUUUUUUGGCUAGUGUUUUAUUGGCUGUUUUUUUGGCUAGUGUUUCAUUGGCUGUGUGAGCAUUCUUGCUUGUUGUACCUACUGAGGCACUUCUUUCUUUCGGUUUGGUAUUUUUUUCUACUACUAUUCUAUUGUAGCAUUCAUACUACACUGAAGAUUUCUUGUUUACAUUUUUUGGUACUCUUUGAUAUAAACAGUAAUCCCUCGUUAUAACGAAGUAAACAGGAUGGGCAAAAAGAUUUGAUAUAAGCGGUAAUUCUAUAAAAGUGAUAGAGACAAAAAAACAGUGCCAACAGCCUUGAAGGUGCACUGGAACACUGCAGAACACUCUUACCGUAUAUCAAACAAACCUUGGUUAUGAACAUCUCGUGACAGCUUUACUGAGUAAAAAAAUAAUUGAGUGGAACUUGACGAUAAUUUCAUCCGGGCGUCGGUCCUCCUUAAACUGCUCCAGGCAUCGCAAGAACACUAUCACCGCCACUGCACUCCACUUUGUUUUGAAACAGCCAUAGGACGUUUCGCGUCUCCGCAACUGUCGGCAUUUCCUGAGGUGCCUCCAACCUUGGUGAUUCUCCGACGUCACCUCGUGUUUACCCUGGCCGUGGCAGAAGCAACAACAAAAAUGUCUAUAUCGACAAGCGCGAACGAAUCAAAAUUAUCCCCGGUGGCCUUGCCAACAUGUUUUCGCACACUCUUGUAGAGAUCAUUGCGGCUAUGUAAAUUAUGCGCUACUCGCGAGAAAAGAUCUGUUGUGCGUGGAGCAGUUGGCGAUUUUUCAUCUUCGAAUCGCAGGCGCUCUUUCUCGUGCUAUGCCUUGUUUGUUUUGCAAAAUGGUGGACAGUGUCGAACAGCCGAUGCCAGAAAGUCAAAUUCUUUGAUGAUUUCGCACUUGGGCCGGCCACUUUUUUCAACCUCGCAGAUCUAAGUGACUUUCGGUAAACGCUCGCAAUCUCCGAUACGGCACACGUGUGCAUGUAGUACGCCGCAGGCACGCCCAAGCAGGCCUGCGCGUCGAUAUCUCCCAAAGGGAUGACUUCCUCCGCGCUCCAUCGUGACCCGAUUCCGACAAAAGUCGGGCAACUUCUGCUGCGGGUGCCGGGAGUAACGUCGGAACAUUGACGCUGCUUUCGCUGUUCUCGCGUUCCCGCGUCGGCGUACCGGUAUCGGAAGCAACGCUCUGCCAGCUCUGCGCUCUCUGCCCUCCGUCACCCCUUUACUCCGUUUUCCCGUUUGCCUCGAUGGAGAAAGGGGAGGGAACGCAAGGUUCUCCGUGCGCUUCCGUGUAGGCUUGCGUGCUUUUGGCAUGCAGCCUUCGUAAUAGGCGUAGUAGGCUGCCGAUACACUUAAAAUAAUCCGGUUAAAAAUGUGUGCGUUUCGGUAGAGACCACGUUGAGCUUCGAUAAAAGCGAUAAUUCGAAAAAAGCGAUUUCGUUAUAAUGAGGGAUUACUGUACUUUCAAAUCCACUGCCCCUGCACAUUUACACAAUAUUAUGGUCUCGUUGGGGAUAACUCGUGCACAGAACUCGGGUUAAUUGUUUUUUUAGAAUUGGUUGAAACAGUCACAGAAAUUAUCAAACCGUCAGAAAUUAUAUACUUCCGCAAUUCAUGCUCUUCCGCAUUUUUUUGGUUCACUUUAUACUUUUUAAUUGAGCUGGUUUGCAACAAAAAAUCUUUUGAGAAACCUUUACACAAUGCAUUUUCGAAAUAUUGAGAAGCUUUCUAUUGUGGAAAAUUUCAUUUAUUUAUGACGGGCAUUUCCAAAACUGUUACCUCGAAAUUUGAAUGUCUUUUUAAUACAUUUAACUUUUUUUUUUUUCCGUGUAAUUUGAGAUGCAGUUGACAGUACUUCUGGCAUAAUGAUCGGUUGUUGUUCUACAAGCUUUGGGCUAUUCUUUGUUGACCACUUUAUAGCAGUUAUUUAUACUUCGUAUAUAUAUAUAUAUAUAUAUAUAUAUAUAUAUAUAUAUAUAUAUAUAUAUAUAUAUACACAUGCUAGUAUUCCUAUACAAUUUUACUUACAGUACG